AGCGUGCGAGGAGCUCCCCACUACAGACCACAGCAGCAGGACAGAGGGAGCUACGACCAGGGGAAAGCUAUCGACCGACCUGAGGGGACAACAUGGGGUGCCGGUGGAUGACUGUGAUCGCGGUCACACAAGUCAUAUUCACGUUAGGCCUGAGCGUGGAAGCCCAGGCUUCAGUCUACGACCUGCUCACCUCUCCUGAUUGCCUGCCAGACCUGCUCCAGGGGGGGCUGGCUGAACAGGGGGUGAACGAAGCCUUCAUCCUGACCACCUUCACGCUGCAGCCCAGGACGGGGACCACCGUGUUCGGCCUGUACAACCCCCGGGACAACAGCAAGUACUUUGAGUUCACCGUGAUGGGCCGUCUCAACAGAGCCGUGCUGCGCUACCUGCGGACCGACAGGCGGAUGAGCUCGGUGACCUUCAACAACCUGGCGCUGGCGGACGGCCAGCGGCACCGGCUGCUGUUCCACCUGAAGGGGCUGCAGCAGCAGGGGGCGGCCGGCCUGGAGCUGCAUCUGGACUGCAAACUGGUGGAGACGGUCAGGGACCUGCCCGCCGUCUUCCUGGGCCUGCCCGCCGGCUACGGCAUGGUGGAGCUCAAGAGCAUGCAGGCCAAAGACCAGGAGAGCUUAGAGGAGCUGAAGCUGGUGGUGGGCGACUCCUUCGACAUCGCCUCGCUGCAGGACUGCCACUUCCAACAGCGGGACUCUGUGCAGACCCUGGGGGUCAACACAAAGCAGCUCGCCAAUCAGAUGUUGGACUUGACCAAGGUGAUAAACGAGCUGAAAGACGUCCUGAUUCAGCAGGUUAAAGAGACUUCAUUCCCGAACACCAUCUCUGAAUGCCAGGCCUGUGGGCUCGGGGGAACUGAAGUCGUCGUCCCCGUAAAGCCAAAGUGUGCAGCAGGCGUGUGUUUCCGUGACGAUAUGUGCUUUGAGACGGCGGACGGCGUGGAGUGUGGACCCUGCCCAGACGGAUUCACCGGAGAUGGCUUCAGCUGUGAUGAUGUGAUGAGGUCAUGCUGCAGGAUGUGUGCUGAUGUGUGUGUUGAUGUGUCUGUGUGUGUGUGUGUGUGUGUUUAUGUGUGUGUAGACAAUUAUGUGUGUGUUUGUGUGUGUGUCUGUGUGUGUGUGUGUUAUGUGUGUGUGGACAUGCGUGUGUGUUUUUGUGUCUUUGUGUGUUUCCUGCCUUGGGCUCUAUCGGUCUGUACUCCUCGGUAGGGCUCCUAUCAUUGUGGCAGCUGUAAGACAGGCUUCACAGGAGACCAGGUGAAGGGCUGUAAGCCGGAGAUGAGCUGUGGCAACAGCCUGACCAACCCCUGCGACAUCAACGCCAACUGUAACAUAGAGAGAGACGGCUCCGUCACCUGUCAGUGUGGGAUCGGCUGGGCUGGCAACGGAUACUUGUGUGGGAAGGACACGGAUAUCGACGGAUUACCUGACGAGAAGCUGAAGUGCAAGGACCCCAGCUGUAAAAAGGACAACUGCAUCUUUGUUCCUAACUCCGGGCAAGAGGACGCGGACCAUGACGGACAGGGGAACGCGUGCGACGGAGACGCAGAUGGUGACGGGAUUCCAAAUGAGCAGGACAACUGCUGGCUGAAGGCCAACGUGGACCAGAGGAACAGCGACAAGGACACCCACGGAGACGCGUGCGAUAACUGUCGCCACGUGGAGAACGCCGACCAGCGGGACACCGACGGCGACGGCAAAGGAGACACCUGCGACGACGACAUGGACGGAGAUGGUCUGAAGAACUUCUUGGACAACUGCCAGCGCGUGGUGAACAGGGACCAGGUGGACCGGGACGGGGACGGCGUUGGAGACGCCUGUGACAGCUGUCCAGAUAUACCCAACCCCAACCAGUCUGACAUUGACCACGACCUGGUCGGCGAUUCCUGCGACACCAACCAAGACAGCGAUGGCGACGGUCAUCAGGACAGCAAGGACAACUGCCCCCUGGUGAUCAACAGCUCCCAGCUGGACACGGACAAGGACGGCUUCGGGGACGAGUGCGAUGACGACGACGACAACGACGGCGUGCCCGACUUCCUGCCGCCGGGGCCGGAUAACUGCCGCCUGGUGCCCAACCCCGACCAGAUAGACGACAACAAUGAUGGAGUGGGCGACAUAUGCGAGUCUGACUUUGACCAGGACAAGGUGAUUGACAGGAUCGACAUCUGCCCCGAGAACGCAGAGGUGACUCUGACAGACUUCCGGGCCUAUCAGACGGUGGUGCUAGACCCCGAGGGCGACGCCCAAAUCGAUCCUAACUGGGUGGUCCUGAAUCAGGGAAUGGAGAUUGUUCAGACCAUGAAUAGUGACCCCGGACUCGCUGUUGGCUACACCGCGUUCAGCGGCGUGGACUUUGAGGGCACGUUCCACGUGAACACGGUGACGGACGACGACUACGCCGGCUUCAUCUUCGGCUACCAGGACUCCUCGUCGUUCUACGUGGUGAUGUGGAAGCAGACGGAGCAGACGUACUGGCAGGCCACGCCCUUCAGGGCUGUGGCCGAGCCCGGCAUCCAGCUGAAGGCGGUGAAGUCCACGUCAGGGCCAGGCGAGCACCUGAGGAACUCCCUGUGGCACACGGGGGACACCAACGACCAGGUGCGUCUGCUGUGGAAGGACCCCAGGAACGUGGGCUGGAAGGACAAGGUGUCCUACCGCUGGUACCUGCAGCACCGCCCCCAGGUGGGGUACAUCCGAGCCCGAUUCUACGAGGGAACUGAGUUAGUGGCCGACUCCGGCGUCACCAUCGACACCACCAUGAGAGGAGGGCGGCUCGGAGUAUUCUGCUUCUCCCAGGAAAACAUCAUCUGGUCCAACCUCAAGUACCGCUGCAAUGACACAAUCCCAGAGGACUUCCAAGAGUUCGGCACUCAACACGGAGAAUCACUGUAGUAUGGAGACAAGGAAACAAGGCCCCCACCUAAUUCACUGUUUACCUGUGUCAGCCCACAGUGUUUCAUUAUGUGUGUGUGUGUGUGUGUGUGUGUGUGUGUGUGUGUGUGUGUGUGUGUGUGUGUGUGUGUGUGUGUGUGUGUGUGUGUGUGUGUGUGUGUGUGUGUGUGUGUGUGUUUGUGUAUGUGUGUGUGUAUGAAUGUGUGUGUGUUUGUGGGUGUGUGUGUACAUGUGUGUGUGUGUGUGCGUUUGUUUGUGGGUUUUAUUUUUUAAUUGUCUCUUUUUAUGUUCGAUCAUCUCCUUAUCAGUUUACUGAGCAAUGGACAUUAUGUAUCUUAAUAUCUGUUGUCAUUUACAUUUCAAACAAAAACUGAUAAAAACCAAUCCUACAUGUCCUACAUUUUUGACAUUUUUAAAAAUGUCGGCACGACGUUGCCUUAAUGGUGUUUGUCCUCAAACUGAAAUUAAGUAUUGGGAUAAGUCUCUAUAAAACAACCUUUUAUACGGGACAUUAUGAUAGUCCUGUGUAAUGGACCGAUACAUACACCACUAUAUGUGCUACUUCUUGAUCUCUUUCACUACUUUUCUACUUUAAUAGAAAUACUUUUGUCCUAAAUAAUGCCAUUAUGAGAAGAGAAUUGUUGGCUAAAAUUACAAUCAGAAUGUACAACGUGACAUCACUUGACAUAUCAGUAUGGGAACACUUGGCAGGCCAUAUUACGUUUUUAGCCAUUGUGUGUGUGUUUUUUUACCCUUGCUUACGUUUGUUGAUCUUUGCCCUUGUUGAUGGCAAGGGCACUAUGUUUAUAAGGAAUCAUUUUUUGCCGCUCACCUAGGUGAGUCUUUACCUACUUGUCUUCAUGGGUCUAAUUCUAGAUCGAGAACUUGAUGGUCAGGUCGAUUUUUUGUGAUAAUGUUAUGCUAAUUGAUUUUUAAAUAAAACUCCUGAGAGAAA